AUGCCACAGCAAAGGAAAUUCGAGUUCAUCACCGUAUCCGGUAAAGAGCGCCGCACAGAUCCUGAGACACUGAGGCGCGUUCAUAGUCACACGCAAGCAGAGUACCGUCGGCGCCAUGCCUCUAAACACCGACAGAAAACGGUCGAGCUGGAUGUGACUCCCUUGUUGGAUAGAUCGCUUGUACAAUAUCAUGGGCACUCACUGAGCACACCCCUUGAAAACUCUCGGUCAGACCCAUUUCAAAGUUUCAAGCUAGGUGAGGAUAGCCGGGCUCAUCGACUUUGGGAUCAUGUUUACGACGGCACCUGCGCGAAAUUCCGUACGUUGAUUGCAAUCGGUUUCAUAGACGAAGUGCGUGAAACUAUUGCUUUGUCACAAAUGCUGUCUGCAUCUGCAUGGCAUCUGGUUCACUGGCUUCGCUGCGAGAGUGAUUCGGGUGAUGAUGCUCGAUAUUCCAUGAUCACAACAAGAUCUUUGCAAAACCAAUUGGAUAAUCUAGCAACUGGGACAAGCAAUGAAGUUAUAACCGCGGUCCUGGCAUGUGCUGCUUACGCUAAUUUGACCAGAGAUCCACAAACUUUUCAAGUCCAUAUGGAUGGUCUGUCCCAGAUCUUCAGAUGUCGCGGUGGAGAGCGCGCUCUGGAUUCUCUAGGUCACCUUCGCCUUGCGCUCUUUUGGAUUGAAGUCAAUGGUCGCCUGCAGCAGGAUGCACCCGCUCAAUUUCCGGUACCCUAUCACAUACUUGCUCCAAAAAGCAAGCUCAAUCUGACAGAGCCCGAUCUUGGUCGGGUAUCUCUCGAUGGACAUUUCACUGGUCUAGAUGAAAGCCAUGUAGUGAAGUAUGGUUUGCAGCAGCUCACACUCUUGGGCCAGAUCAUUGAUUCAGCUAUUGUACCAUGGGAUGACCCCUUAUUCCCUGUGUUCCACAUAUCUCCAUUGUUACACGACUUUCUCUCAAUUCCCCGCGGAUCCGUCCAUGACAGCGUUCAUAUACGACAAAGAGAGUGCUUUCGGUUGUUUGGAAUUACCUAUUUACUCAGCGUUCGGUCUAUGACAGAUUUUGAACCCGGAGCUGGUAUGCUAUAUGGCACAAAACUUCAAUUACUUUUGGAAACACCCGGAAUUUUUGUGCCAGAAGAUAAAUCAUAUCAAAUCUUGCUUUGGGGUCUGGUUGUUUGUGUCUGCACCCGUGUCUUAUUUGAUGAGUUGCGGGGCCAUUUUUUAGCUAUUCUAUCUAGAUAUCUGCAAGUUGCAGGGAUUGCAAGCUUUGAAGAGUUUUUGGUGGUGGUAUGGGAGCUUCCCUGGUGUUGUAAAGUAUUUGGCGAUGCCUUGUAUCACUUGAGUCGAUCGUUUUUGGGGGGUUAA